AGUUACUGCGCACUAGGCUUCAUGCGCAUCACUUGAGCACAUAUUGCGCUUUCCCCGCGAAGACCCGUGACGCUCCAACAGAUGUCAGAAUACGCCAUGCUUUCCGUUUCAAAACUUGAAGGUACUUUGUCUCCCUAAGAGCGUCUGGAGGAGACGGCGCGCUCUCGGCUGUAGACGCGGAUGCGCAUCCAGCACCUUCAGCAUGAUCCGGAUGGCCAGCGGAAUAAAGCGGCACGAGAUUUCACCGGAGCGCGUGAUGUUGGCUGUGUUUGCCGGUGUGUGUUUUCUGUCGGUCGUGCGCGUGUCGUCUGCGGUGGAUUUACCGGCGGUGAACUGCAGUCUGGUGACAGACGCGUACAGUUCUCUGGGAUUCAGUCCUGCCGAUGUGCCAAACGCGGAAACACCAGGAGGUCAUCCGCGGGUUUGCGGUCCACAGAAGACGUGCUGUAACACAGUAAUGGAGGAGAACUUUAACCACAGGAGCACACGAGACUUUGAGAAGCUCAUAGACGACACCAGCGAGGAACUGAGGAACACCUUUAUGACCAGACAUAAAAGGUUUGAUGGUUUCUUUCUGGAUUUGCUGGAGAGAACUGAGCAGUCUCAAAACGAGAUGUUCAUCCGUACAUAUGGCAAACCCUACAUGCAGAACGCCGAGGUCUUUCAGAGUUUGUUCGCCGAGCUGAAGAGAUACUACACCGGUGGCAACGUCAAUCUGGAGGAGAUGCUGAAUGACUUCUGGACGCACCUUCUGGAGCGCAUGUUCCAGCUCCUCAAUUCUCAGUACGUCAUCACUGAGGAUUAUCUGGAAUGCAUAAGUAAGUACAUGGAAGAGCUCAAACCCUUUGGAGACUAUCCCAAGAAGCUCAAGUCUCAGGUUACUCGGGCGUUCGUCGCGGCUCGCACCUUCGUCCAGGGCCUGGUGGUGGGUCGGGAAGUCGCUAACAGAGUUUCUAAGGUUACCAUGAGCCCCGCGUGCAUCGACGGCUUCACUAAAAUGCUCUACUGUUCGUACUGUAAUGGUCUGUCCACGCUGAAGCCCUGCAAGAACUACUGUCUGAAUGUACUGAAGGGCUGUCUGGCCAACCAGGCCGAUCUCGACCCAGAAUGGAGCAAAUAUACCGAUGCCAUGUUGCUCUUGACAGAGAGACUAGAGGGACCUUUCAACAUCGAGUCCGUCAUGGAGCCGAUAGACGUCAAGAUAUCGGAAGCCAUCAUGUAUAUGCAGGAGAACAGCAUUCAGCUUUCUUAUCAAGUUUUCCAAGGUUGUGGACAACCGAAGCCUUCAGGAAUGAGCAGAACUGCCCGCGGUGUCCCUGACACGUUCAGCGGACGCUUCAGCCCCUACAACCCCGAAGAACUUCCGACCGCUGCUGCCGGUAGUCGCCUGGGACGCCUGGUGGGUGACAUCAAAGAAAAGUUGAGGCAGUUCAGAAAGUUUUGGUCCUGGAUUCCAGAAGGCAUAUGUCAGGAAGAACACGUGGCAGCGGUGGACGGUGAUGAUGACUGCUGGAACGGUGUUUCUAGGGGCAGAUACGUCCCUGAGGUUCUGAAAGAUGGACUGACCCAUCAGGUGAAUAACCCAGAGGUCGGGGUUGAUAUAACCAGGCCGGACACGCUCAUACGACAUCAGAUCGCGGCUUUAAGAGCGAUGACCAACAAGCUCAAGAACGCAUAUGACGGUAAUGACAUCUACUUCCAAGACUCCGAUGAUGACAGCAGCACUUCAGGAAGCGGCAGCGGCUGCAGCGAGACGUGUGUCACAGAAUCAGACUCUUUCAUCACACAAGCUCCUCGCGAAGAAGCGGAGAAACGUGACGAAGCAUCUUCAGCCUCCAGCAUCCGGUCAUCUCUCCUCCUCCUCGUCCUGUCGCCGCUGGUCGUCUCUGCUCUGGUCCUGAGAUAG